AACAGGUAAAGGGCAUGCACCAGGGAGGAGACCUGGCCUGGGUGUUUUGUGCCUUUGCAUUAUUCAGAUGGCUUGGCAGUGUUUGUGAGUGACAGUUAUUGAGCUGGCAGGGGAAGCAGGGAAGCCGGGCUUGCACUGUGUUUAUUCACUGACACGUGACUGCCUGUCCGUACAUUUACCCCUCUGCGUGUCACACUUUUGCUUACCUCUGGGAAGCUGCUUAUUAAAUUGUCAUGAAACGUGGUAUUAACAUUAGCUUAUUAGAUUAUGGUGUGUAUUGAAAAGGGAUUUUCUGUUGUGUGUUUUCCAGCCUGAAGAUGGCGCUGUGGAAGAAAGUGCAGCGCUUACCGACUGAAACCUUGAACAGCCUGUACCCCGCCAGCUUCCCCAUCGAGGUGCGCCACUACCUGGCCAGCUGGCUGGAGGAGCAACCAUGGGAUGAUCUGGACCUGAUGGACCCCACCACAGAAGGCAAGGCUUUGAUCCUGCUGUCUCACAUCAUGAACCAGCUCCUGAGACUAGCGGAGCACAACCACAACAUAGUGGAGAGAAUGAGACUCCAGCACAUUGCCUCCAACAUGACUGUGUACCAAAUGCAGCCGCUGCAGCUUGUCAGGGCAGUGCAGGAGAUCCUGAAGAGGGAGCGAGCCCUCCUGAACCAGGGGAACUUCCCAGGUCUGGGGGUCCCAGGACAGCUCCCUCAGGCUGGCUCUCCAGCCCCGUCGCCAGCCCCCUCCCCUCUGCCCACACACUCAACUGCAGGAGGGAAGCAGAGUGACGACAGGGAGAGACACAGGGCCAUUGAGAGGCUGGCUCUAAAGGUCGGGGAGGUUCAGAACUGCCGCAAAGAGAUUCACCAUCUCCAGGAGAGCAUGAACUGGGAAAAGCAGAACUACGACUCCCUCCAAGCCCAGGUGAUACAAAACAGCAUGCUGGACCAGAACCUACCUAAGAGCUGCAACAACCUCCAGAAUCGAAUCCAGCAGGAUGAGUUAAAGAGCCAAGCAUUCACUGAGAAACGGAUCAAGCUGAUUCAGGAGGCAGUACACACUCUGGAACACACCCAGCAGCAAGUGGAACUGCACAUUCGGAGCUGGAAACGACAGCAGCACCUCGCGACCAUCGGAGCACCCUUCAGUGAUAACCUGUCCUCACUGCAAAACUGCUGUGAGCAGCUCCUGACAAUCAACAUUCAGCUGAACCAGGAGAUGAUCAUUGCGGGGAGAGAGUCUGGAGUGGAGCCCUUCAGAGAGCAGCAGGAGAAACUAGCCCUGCUGCUUAAGACACUCAUACAGAGCGCUCUACUGGUGGAUAAACACCCUCCCCAGGUGAUUAAGACCCAGUCCAAGUUCUCCACCACAGUGAGGUUCCUGCUGGGGGAGAGGAUGAACUCCGGGAAACCAGCGGUGGUCAAGGCUCAGAUCAUCACUGAAUCCCAGGCUAGAAACCUGGCCCAACCUGGCUCCCUCACGGAGAACGUGGGGGAACUCAUCAACAACUCGGCCAUCUUGGAUCACAACGCUUCUACAAAGAGCACCAGCUCCACCUUCAGGAACAUGUCAAUAAAGAGGAUCAAGCGUGCUGACCGGAAGGGCUCAGAGUCAGUAACAGAGGAGAAAUUCGCCCUGCUUUUCUCAUCUGAGAUCAACAUUACAGGCUGCGAAACAACCUACAAUAUCCAGGUGAUCUCCUUUCCCAUCGUGGUGAUUGUCCAUGGGAGUCAGGAUAACAACGCACUGGCCACCAUACUGUGGGACUGUGCCUUCUCUGAGAUGGACCGAAUCCCCUUUGUGGUUCCUGACAGGGUCUCGUGGCAGCAGAUGUGCGACACGCUGAACACCAAGUUCAUGUCGGAGGUUCAGACGCCCCGUCGCCUUGACAACGACAACUUCCGGUUCCUGGCCCAAAAGAUCUUCGACGAACCGGACAUCAGCGGUGACUUCCAGAACCGGAUGGUGUCCUGGUCCCAGUUCAACAAGGAGGUGCUCCCUGGACGAGGCUUCACAUUCUGGCAGUGGUUUGACGGAGUAAUGGAGCUGACCAAGAGACAUCUCAAGAACUACUGGACUGACCGGCUGAUUUUCGGUUUCAUUGGGAAGCAGUACCUGCACUUGCUGCUGCAGCAGAGCGAGGAUGGAACCUUCCUGCUGAGAUUCAGCGACUCUGAGAUUGGAGGGAUAACCAUCGCCUACGUCACCACCACAGACACAGGAAGCAGACAGAUCCUUAACAUCCAACCGUUCACUAAGAAGGACCUGGAGAUCCGGUCUCUAGGAGAUCGAAUUCAGGACAUCACGUUCAUUCAGUAUGUCUACCCCAACCGGGCGAAGAACGAAGCCUUCAACAAGUACUACACGGUUAUGCCAAACAAAAACAACGGGUACCUUCAAGCAACGAUCCACACCAAAGUGGCAGGGGAGCAGAGUUCAUCCCGCAUGGGGAAUGGUGGGGGCGCCCCCUCCACCCUGUCCCCCCUCCCCUGCGACCUGGACCACCAGACUCAGAUGAACCUCCAGACACCCUUCAACACAGCACCGCCCUUCAACACAGCACCGCCCUUCAACAGGGAGCCGAUCUCGUCCCGCAUGGGGAAUGGGGGGGUGUCCUCUGCCCCCUCCCCCCUGCCCAGCGAGACCCCCAUGGAGACCCCCACCCAGAUGAACCUCGCUCAGAUCAACGAUCUCUUCUUCACACACCCGGGCCAGUUUCAGCACCCCUUUGUGAACCCCAUGCUGUUUAAUCAGCUCUCGUACUCAGGAGGACCCCAGCAAGAUGUCCUCAUGCAGAGUAACCCUCCGAUGCAGGGAGUCCUGGAGCCCUUCCCUGAGCAAGGACAGGCAGGGGCACACUACCAGAUGAGCAAUCUGGACCUGCCGCCUCCUACAGACUGGGAGUUUGUGGAGUUACUGGGAGGAGACACAUCUCGUAUGGACACAGAAAACUUCCAGCUCCCACAGUGACAUCACCACGCCACGGACCAAUCGUGAGGCUUUGCAGCACAAUUUGGACGCACUAAGGCACUGUGUAUAAAGAACGUCGGUGCAUUCAUGGAGAAGAAACUAACAUUCACGUUGUUACUACAAAUCUACAGUGCCUUCGACUUCAAGCCUAAUCGGGGAUUGCAACACCUCUCAUUGUAAAUAAAACCCAUUCCAUCACUGAACUGCUAUCACAACCUGGUUUAUUAAACGGAGUUCCUGUUUGUAUUUACUUUUGCAUUAUGUUCAAAAUGAAUUUCAAUUAAAAAAAAACAAAAACGUUUA